CUACUCGUUGCUUCCGUUCGGCCACGUGUUGGGGACGCGCGAGGAUGAGCGAUCUCCGCUGGUUGUAAGGUCUCGGGUAUGUGGGCAUCCUAAGAUGUCUGAAUUUGACGAUGAAAAUAAGGGCAUUGAACCUGCUGCUUAUGAAAGAAUAGUCCUGAAGAAUGUUUCUGAAUACCAUUAUUUGAAGAUCCAUUUGGAGUUUGAAGAAGCUGGCAUUAGUUUAAAUCCUGUUGAUUUCAAACAACUUAUCAUCUCUGCUUUGAAACGACUCCAUGGUGAGGUUGGUGCUGCAUUACCUGUUGAUGUUUUGACAUAUGAAGAAAAAACAUUGACUGCCAUACUUAGAGUAUCUAAUGCUGGCCUUGUAAAACUGUGGAGUGCUCUAUCAUUGCUUGGUUCAUACCAGAACAGAAAAUGUGCCUUUAGGGUGAUACAGACUUCUCCAUUUCUUCUUGCAUUAGCUGGGAACAGCAGAGAAAUGGUGCUCGAUUAAUUAUUCAGUUGCUUAUGGUUUGUAUAACACUAUGAUGCUGAUGGCAUUGCCCCAAUGCAGAUUUUUUUGUGUGAGACUUGGGAGAAUAUUUUCCACAAAGCCAAGUGUGUCUAUGCCAUUCUUCACUCAACACCGUGUUCAGUUUUUACACAUACAAGUUGGAGACAAAGCUGAAAUAAUUAAGAAGUUCACAUCAAAGGAUAUUGUUAUCUUUUCUGAAUUAACAGGAGAUACUAACCCAUUACACUUGGAUGAAGAAUAUGCAAAGCAAUCAAGGUUUGGGAGAACAGUUGUACAUGGUGUUUUGAUCAAUGGACUUAUUUCAGCUGUCCUAGGUACGAAAAUGCCUGGGCCUGGUUGUAUCUUCCUUUCUCAGGAAAUUAAUUUUCCGUCUCCUUUAUAUGUUGGAGAACAGGUCUUGGCUUCCGCAGAAGUUAAGAAAUUGAAGAGAUGUCUUGCUUAUAUUGCAGUGUCAUGUACAGUUGUCCAAAGUGGCAAAAUUGUCAUGGAGGGUAUUGUUAAAGUUAUAGUGCCUGAAGAUCACAAACCGGUGACCUGAUUGUAUAGUGUGUCCUGUUGGUAGCAGAGAUGUACUUUUAGCUGUAAUCAGGUAGUUACCUAACUCUGUGAGGAAUUUGAAACAGUUUAAUUCCAACAUUUUGAUGUUGAUCUGAUUUAAAAGAUAAUUUUGCUUUUCUUAAUGUGACAGUGAGAUAGGAUGAGAGCUUCAGAAGAAUGCUGAGGUAAAAAUCAGUAUCUAAAAUGCCUUGAGUUGUUUAUUUAGAUGUAUAUAUUGGACAGAUUUAGGGAUUGUCAUGUUGGGUUUGAUCAGUGAUCCCAUUAGCUCUCAAUUUUAUCAAUAAAUAAUAACAACUCA